AAAAAAGCAAAUGUGCAGAAAAUAAUAGAGAAGAUGAAUUCCACAGAACGGAAAUUCAAGCAGACUCAGAUCCAAAAGGAAGAAGCAUCAAGUGAAAGGGAGAGCAAGGUUUCAGGUAACAAGGAGUCGCAAAAGCAAAUUGAAACUGGUCAGAUGAAAGAGUUUGAACCCAGGUAUAAGAAGCCAAAGAAACAAAAACCCAUCCAAAAAUGGAAGCAGAAUGUCAGGAACAGUGGGCCAAUAGAUCAUAAUGCCAGGAGCAGUAGGCGAAGGAAACAGAAUGCCAGGAACAGUGGGCCAAGUAAUCAGAAUGCUAGCAACAGUGGGCCAAGUAAUCAAAUGAGUUCCCAAAAUCAGAUGCAGAAUACUGGGAACAGUGGGCCAAGCAAUCAAAUGAGUUGCCAAAAUCCAAUGCAGAAUAUUGGGAAUAAUGGGCCAAGUAAUCAAAUGAGUUGCCAAAAUCUGAUGCAGAAUACUGGGAACAAUGGGCCAAGUAAUCAAAUGGGUUGCCCAAAUCCAAUGCAGAAUACCAUGAACACUGGGCCAAAUAACCCUAUGUGUGUGUGUGCCUCUCUCAGGAAUCUGAUGCCAAAUAUGAUGAACAUUGGGGCAAAUAACCAAAUGUUUUUCAGCAAUCUGAUGCAGAAUAUGUGGAACAUAGGGUCAAAUAAUCAAAUGUUUUUCAGAAAUCUAAUGCAGAAUAUCAGGAACUUAGGACCAAAUAAUCAGAUGCUAGGGCCAAAUAACCAGAUGCUAGGGCCAAAUAACCAGAUGCUAGGGCCAAAUAAUCAAAUGCUUUUCAGAAAUCCAACACAGAAUAUCAGAAACAGUGCGCCAAAUAAUCAAAUGUUUCCCAGAAAUCCAUCGCAGAGACCCUUCAGCAAUGGGCCAAAUAAUCGGAAACCUUUCCCUAAUGCAGGAAACAGUGAAGAGAAAUGGAAACCAAAAGAAAAAAAGGCUAUCAAUGUAGAAGAAGUUAAAGAAGGUUUCAAAGGUUUCAAAGGUUCAUCGGUGUUGAAGCAUAAGGGGUAUGAAAUGUGAGGAUUGGGAAAAGAUGUGUAACAUUGUGUAUUUCCAGUGUUUGGUGUACAUAUGUCUGUCUGUGUCUGUUUCUUUAAUGAGUAGCUCCAAGAAAAAAGGAAAGCUAAAGUUUAUGUUUUGAAACAGUUGAUGGAAAAGGAUGAAGUGACAGUGAUUUGUUUCUUGUCAGAUAAUAUGUAUAGUAACAUAGUUACAAUUGUAUAUCUUUAGGAUUUGAGAAUUCGUUUUAAUUCUCCAGAAAAAGAAAAGUUCCAAAAGUGUUGAAUAAGAAACACAGUCAUUGAGAAAAUUAAUGCCAAUUAAUACGUGUAAAUGAGAGUGAAUAAUUUAAGGCAAGUGGAUGGCUAAGAUUAUUUCCCUGUUUUCUCUUUAAUCUGUAAAAAGUUAAUUAAUACUAAGGAAAAAGAUGUAUGCAAAGUAGCACUUAUUACCAAGACAAGAUAGGGAAUAUAAUUUUUUUUUUUUUUUACACCAGAGUUAGAAUGUACUGCAGGUACAGAAAAAUAUAUUUACACUUGAGGAUUGUUAAAAUGGAAACUAUUGAAUUCAGCAGGCCUGUGCUGAUCCCCUAGAGUUUUUAUGAUUGUUAAUCAAUGGAUUCCACAUAAUUUAUGAUGUUAUCUCAUAUUGAAAUAAAAUGUGAAAAUUG